GCUUCCCGAUUGGCUUCUACUUCCACGCUUAUGCCUAGCAGAUGGAUAUGUAAAUUCCUGCUACCCCAAAAUCAAUCCAAGUGGCACUGAUUCAAAUGUCGUUUUUAUAAAAGGAAAAGGACCUUGGAUUCCAAUCAGAUCUUCCUAUUCAGGUAUGGGCCUGCUCUUUCUCCUCCACCAAUCAGAACCCUCGACUCCAGAUCGCCCGCCUCCCGGCCGACCAAUCAGGGCAUUCCAGUCGAUCAGCUCCGCCUCCACUAUAGUGCAGGGAAGUGCGCAGGCGCGGUUGCUAAGGGGCGGGGCGUCCUGGUUUGCAAAGAUCUGGCGGGAAACCGUGGCAUGAAUGGAGUCUCCUCGGGACCAAGCCCUGAACCCACAACAGAAGGCCCAGCUGAAGGAGAAGCUGGUCUUGUUGAAAAGAGAAUACAGGAGGACCUUCCACCGGUUGCAGCGCGCAGAGAGAGCCGAGAGGGUGAAAACCUAUGUCAAGAGGACUGUAGCUGAGCAAAACCUCUUGCUUCAUCAAGAAGGGAAUGAGGAGGACCGUUCAGGAUCUGCCACCGGCGCAGGGGCUUUGGUGGCUUUGGUUGGGACCUCUCCAACAAAACCGGUCUCUGUCUCCUUCAGGCCUGACCCCGAGGUCUUUGCCCCGGAAGACACCUGCUUGCCCUUGACUCCAGCCUCCAAAAGUACGAAGCAGAACUGCAGAAAAGUCCUCUUUGGUCCUGAGAAGAAAGGGGCCUCUCUUUCCAGGGGCAGAACCAGGGCACAGCGAAGGAUAACCCUGCCUUUGGAAAAGAGAGCAAUACCUGCCCCUGAGGCUCUUUGGAGAGAUGAGGGGAGCCAGCAGGAGCAGAAGGCAGCCUGGGCUGGCCUUGUGGGCUCUCAGUCACCCGUCUUUGAGCGCAGGAGAAGCAACAGCAUUUGGGAGGCUGUGCCAAAGUGGUCAAUGACUGCAACGGAUGGAAGCAGUUGUGAGUCAACUCCUUUGUUGCUGUGGCCAGAAUGUGCCCAAGAAACCAUCUUUCCUGGCGAUUCCCAACCACGUCCUUCUUCCCCAUCCUGCAAUAGCCAUGUGCCCUCCAUUGACUGCACCAAAGACUCAGCUGGAGAGAAGACCUUGCCUCAAGAAGACUGCAUCGUGAAGGAAGAGGAGCCGAUGGAAGUGGGUCACACACAAUCAGAAGAAGACCCAGCUCUGUGGAGAUUUACAGACUCAAUGGAAAGACAUGGCACACAAGAAGAAGGGAGAUCAGACCUGGAAGCACAGGCUCCCACCAAAACAUUGCAGGAGAAGGCUUUAGAGGGACCUCUUGACCUUGACUCUCCCCUCCAGGAGGGGAAGAUGCCACCUACAGAGCUGAGCUCUUGCACGGUGGUUGAGGGCCUCCUCUUCCCAGUGGAGUAUUAUGUGAGGACCACCCGGCGCAUGUCCAGCCGCCAGAGGGAGGUCAAUGUGGAGGCCGUCAUCCAAAGCCAGCUGGGGAGGAGCAAGAAAGGACAGAAGGCCUCACGGAAGACAGUUUUGUCUUCCCAGAAGGCAGCAGAAAUCCCCAGGCAACUGGAGUCGCUUCCUUUCUCCUCUCCUGCAGCUUCUCCUUCUGAUGGAGGCCUGACUGAGGGGCAUCUUCAGACCAGGAGGAAGGGGAGGCCGAGGAAGAGGGAUCGCUGGCUGACCCCCUCUGCCCCCUCGCAGGACUCAGAGAGAGCAGGUGCUUCUUUCAUCUCCAGGGAAUGUCAAGGAGAAGAAGGAGGUGGUCCUGAUGACAGCAAGGCCACAGAGUCCCCUGUAAGCACUGGUGGCCAUUUAGGAGCCAGGCGAAAGGGGCCAGGAGAGGGCAGGGGCCAGGAAGCUGAGUUCCAAACAGCUCUUGACUUACCUGGGGCCCCAGAAGCUGAGCCUGGCCCUGGCCUCCUUCCAUGGAAGGAGAGAGAAACCCUCCCAGAAGGAAGCGGACAGCUGCCUGAAAGCCCCAUUGGACUUGGUUUGGCUUCCAGUAUUCUUCCCUUUCGCAGCCAGAGCGGUGAGGCCACCCUUCUCCAGUGGCUGCCACCUUCCAUCCCAGCGCUGCAAGAUUUCUGUUUACCGGAAGACGAAUUUGGCCUCCUGAAAUCAGAAAAGAUCAAGACCUGUGCUGCUGUGGUGGAGGUGAAGGGUUUGGCUGCUGAGGUUAAAGGCUCGACACCAGGAGAGCAUCUCGCUGAUCCUGCCAUAAUCGCCACACCGGAGGUCUCCGCUGCCUCCCCGCUUGCUCCCCACUUGGCCCCAAGGUGCCUUUCCAGCGACCUGCUCCUCUCUCCGGCCCUGGAGGCAUCCAGUGGCCCACUGCUGUCUCCACUGCCCAGCCCAGCCUUCCCUUUCCUGGGAGCCACUCCGGCCUCCCCGCCUUUCCCUACCAGCCAAGCUUUUAGUGCUUCCCCUUUGCAAGGAAAGCCUGGCACCGAGCGGGAGGCCUCGCCCUCCUUCCCACAAAGUGGCACAAAGAGACAGCGCAAGGCCAGUUGGCCAGCCGAGGAGGAGGUGGCGAGCCUCCAGGAAAGGCAGUUACCGGCUGGAGCAUCCCUGGAGGAUCUCAAGCAGAACGAAGGACUGGAGCAGAGCCCGGAGGAAGUGGCACCAGAAGAGAUGCCUGGAGAAGGCUGCCUGCAAAUGACUUCCAGACUCAAAACCUGUGCCGGUCCCUCCUCCUCCUUUGUGGACGUGAGUACCGUUUGGUGGGAAGUGGACAGUUUCACGGUUCUGUGUGUCGUGACAGCCAGCGAGGGUUCUGUUUCUCUGUGGAGGCCCCUGGAUGCUGGGCACUGGGCCCCCAUCCACACCUGGCACUUCACCAAGGUUCCAGUCAUUCAGAUCGUCCCUCUGCCCGGAGUCCGCAGCCUGGUUUGCGUGGCUUUGGGCAACCUGGAGAUUGUUGAGAUACGGUUCCUGUUCCAUCCUGCAGAGGGCAGCUCCAUUAAGCAGUCCGUGGUCAAAGCAGGGAACAUCAAAGCCGUCCUUGGCCUUAGGAAAAGGAGGAUGGUGACGAGCUGCGGCUCUGUCGGGGAGCAAGAGGUGGAAGUGGCCUCCUUCUCAGAGAUGGGAAGGAGCAUCGGGAAACGGGCUUUGAAGCCUCCUGAAGAGCCCCUGCUGGCUUUUGCUGAAGUGGAUGGGAUGGAGGAGGCUUUGGUUGGCAUGACAACCAUGAACUCCCUUGUGAUCUGGAACUUGACAUCUGGGCAGCUGCUGAGGAAGAUGUCCAUCAGCUGCUCCUUUCCUGCAUCCAUCUGCCAUAGAGCCUACGCUGAUGCGGGCCUCCUCUUUGUGGUGCUGAGCCACCCUCAUGCUAAGGAGCGCCAGACUGAAAGGGGCCCUGCCUUCCGUGUCGUGGCCCUCAACCCCAAGACAGGAAGGAGCGCCACAGUGACGGCCAUGUCCCUCCCACGAGGCUCUGGAGGAAGGUUCCUGGAAGGCGAGGUGAAGGAUGCUUCUGCGGCGGCAGCGGUGCUGACCUCAGGGGCCAUUGCGGUGUGGGACCUGCUCCUGGGGUGCUGCACGGCCCUUUUGGCCCCUGGACCCGAAGGGAAGUGGUCCUUGGUCCGCUGGUCAGCUGCAGAUGGCUGCCUGCUGGCCGGGAAGGAGGAUGGCAGCCUCUGCCUCUACAGCAACUCUCUUGGCCUGCCUCCCACCUGAGACUGCGUCCAUUCCUUUGGGUUUCUUCCUCCAUAAGAAUUGCACACAUCUCUUUCAGAUGCCCGUUCAACACAUAGCAGCAGGACUCACUCAAAACAUUUCCUCUGGAGUUAAUGGGAAUGCAUGCCUUUCCCUGGUUUGGCUAAGAGUUACUUAUUCGUUCAAGGUUUGCGCCAUUGCAUUGUUUGGAAUGUAUCCAUUAAAACGCCAUCUUUCGAAAGUCA